UGUCUGCUUGCUUCUCUUUGUUUGAUUGGUUGUUAUAUGUUAGAACUUGGACGUCGGCUCCUUUCUUUCUUUCUUCUGCUUUUGCUUCCGUGGGUGUAUUUCAAACUGAUGGCUGGGGGACUGGUGCAGUGGGUUUCAAUGGGGAAAACAGAAGCUUAAGAGGAAGGGUUUAGAUUGAUCGGGAACUACAUUUCUUUGCACAUUUGAAAGAGUUUUACAUCAUCUUCUUGACUGUAAUGAGUAACAGUAUUGAAGAUGAUUCAUUCUCUAAGCCUGUUGGAAGACGGUCUAUUUUCUAUUAUGGUGUGGGUCACAUGCUAAAUGACAUCACUUCUGCAUGCUGGUUUACUUAUCUCUUACUGUUCUUAACAGACAUUGGGCUCUCCUCUAGGGAUGCUGCUACUGUGAUGCUGUCCGGCCAGAUAGCUGAUGGUUUAGCCACCAUAUUUGUGGGUGAACUGAUAGACAGGUUUGGACAUUUCAAAAUAUGGCAUGGUGCAGGAUCUCUCUUGGUUGCUUUUUCAUUUUCGUCCGUUUUUGGUGGUUGUAUACCUUGUAAAACCCUUGCUAGUUUUUCAUCAAUGGUAGAGACUGUUUCAUACAGUACAUUUGCUGCAAUAUUUAAUGUUGGCUGGGCUGCUACUCAGGUUUCACACAUGUCCAUGGUGAAUUGCAUCACUUUCAAUUCAACAAGCAGAGUAGUGCUGGCAAGCUGUCGGAAUGCCUUUACAAUGGUUGCAAAUCUCAGCCUAUAUGGAGUUGCUUUAAUAGUAUUUGGUAUCAGCACAGCAAAAACACGUGCAGAUAUUGAAAAUCAGUACCGUUGGAUUGCAUACUUAUCAAUAUUCAUUGGAUGCUGCUUUGUGGGCAUAUUUCUUUUUGGAACAAAAGAACCAAGAUCAAAGGCAGGUAUAUGUGCAAAUAUUCAUGCAAGGAUUUCAUGGACUUACUGGUUCCUGAAAAUUCUUUACUAUCAAGUUGCUCUUGUUUAUGUGCUUACAAGACUAGUACUCAAUGUUUCACAAGCAUAUCUUGCAUUCUAUGUAAUUAAUGAUUUGGGGAUGGCCCAGUCUGCCAAAGCUUUGGCUCCUGCCAUUAUCUAUAUUUGCAGCUUCAUAGUAUCUGUUCUUCUUCAGGAGGUUGCAUGGAAUGGCCAACGCUUGAAGGCUUAUCAUACUGCUGGAGGAAUUCUUUGGAUGUUUUGUGGUGUAGGGAUCCUACUCUUACCUGGAAGCAUGAGUGUAUUCAUGUAUGCCAUAUCAGUAUUUAUUGGAAUAGCUAAUGCAUUGAUGAUGGUGACUGCAGUAAGCAUGCAGAGUAUUCUAAUUGGUGAAGAUCUUAACGGUUGUGCAUUUGUUUGUGGAUCCUUGAGCUUCUUGGACAAAAUCUCAUGUGGGCUUGCCCUAUUUGUUCUUCAAUCCUAUCAAAGUAGCUCACCUAGAGUUGCAGGAAACUAUUCAACAGAUGUCUAUUUUUCAGUUACAAGAUAUGGUUUAGGACUCGUUCCAGCGUUUUGUUCACUUGUUGGAGUGGCUGUUACUAGCACCAUGGAACUCCACACCCCAUUUUCUAAACCACUGAUGGAACCCCUCUUAGAAUGAUGUCUGGAACGAGCCGCCAGAGAAGGAUUCUAGGAUGUAUUUUGUAUUUAUAUCAUGCAAUUUAUAAGCUGUCUGUUUCAUUUAUUUUUAUUUAUUAUGGUAAGCCAUUUGUUUCAUUUACAUAGAAAAAAGCAGGUACAAAAAAUUCUCCAUAAGGGCAAGAGAAACUGAGGGGCAAGGAGAUAGGGCUAUAUAAAUAAAGCUCAUGCCCAAGCUGUAAGUAAAAGUUAUGAGACAGUUGCACCUUUCCUGUGAAAUUUAGUCGUAGAUUCCAUUGGACUUGAGAAUUGAUGAUUGCUAAACGGUUUAAGGCUUUAAGCAUUUUUAAUCAGUGUCUUUGUUUGGUAUUGUUGUAGCACAGAACUUAAUUAGGAAGAGAAAUAAGUAGAGAAGAAAAGUUCUUUAUAGGUUGUUUGGAUCGUAAAAUCCAAUAUU